AUGCCCUCGGCAACUGCGCUCCGGGCUCUGGUGCCACUGCUGCUGCCGCCCCUGCUGCUGCUGCUGCCGCUGCCCCGCAGCGCCGGGGGGCUCGGGGGGCGCUCGGAGGCCGCCCUGGACUACUGGGCUCCGGAAGGCGAGGCGGGCGCAGAGCCGCAGCUGGAGCACUACCACGAUCCGUGCAAAGCCGCUGUCUUCUGGGGAGACAUUGCUUUGGAUGAAGAUGAUCUGAAGUUAUUUCACAUUGACAAGACCCAAGACUGGACUAAGCCAUCAGAAGAAGAAAUGGGACAUAACACUGGUGGGCUGGAAGAGCAUGCGUCUGAGAACUGGCCAAACACAACAGCUUCAGCUUCGAACACCAGCAGCCAGGCAGCUAGAAAGGAUGACAAGGAGGAAACCAUACUUCUACAUAGCUCUGACACCUCCAAAGCGACAAUCAAGACCUUCUCUGCCCGGGUCCGCAGAGCCACAACCUCGAGGACAGAGAGGAUAUGGCCUGGAGGGGUCAUUCCGUAUGUUAUUGGAGGGAACUUCACAGGGAGCCAAAGGGCCAUUUUCAAGCAGGCAAUGAGACACUGGGAGAAGCACACCUGUGUGACCUUCAUUGAGAGGACGGAUGAAGAAAGCUUUAUUGUGUUCAGCUACAGGACCUGUGGCUGUUGCUCUUAUGUUGGGCGCCGAGGAGGGGGUCCACAGGCCAUAUCCAUUGGGAAAAACUGUGACAAGUUUGGCAUUGUGGCUCAUGAGCUGGGCCAUGUGGUUGGGUUCUGGCAUGAACAUACCCGGCCCGACAGAGACCAACAUGUCACCAUCAUGAGGGAAAACAUCCAGCCAGGUCAGGAGUAUAAUUUCUUAAAAAUGGAAGCCGGGGAAGUGAGCUCUCUGGGUGAGACGUACGACUUCGACAGCAUCAUGCACUACGCCCGGAAUACCUUCUCAAGGGGAGUUUUCUUAGACACCAUCCUCCCCCGUCGAGAUGACAAUGGCGUCAGGCCAACCAUUGGCCAGCGGGUUCGGCUCAGUCAGGGAGACAUAGCACAAGCGAGGAAGCUGUACAAAUGCCCAGCAUGUGGAGAGACCCUGCAAGACACAACAGGAAAUUUUUCAGCACCUGGUUUCCCAAAUGGCUACCCUUCUUACUCCCACUGUGUCUGGAGGGUCUCAGUCACUCCUGGAGAGAAGAUUAUCCUAAACUUCACAUCCAUGGAUUUGUUCAAGAGCCGCCUGUGCUGGUAUGAUUACGUGGAGGUCCGGGAUGGUUACUGGAGAAAAGCCCCCCUGUUGGGGAGGUUUUGUGGCGAUAAGAUCCCGGAGCCCCUCAUCUCCUCGGACAGCCGGCUCUGGGUGGAAUUUCGCAGCAGCAGCAGCAUCCUGGGCAAGGGCUUCUUUGCAGUAUAUGAAGCUAUGUGUGGAGGAGACAUUACCAAAGACUCAGGUCAGAUUCAAUCUCCCAACUACCCCGAUGACUACAGGCCUUCCAAGGAAUGUGUGUGGAGGAUCACAGUGUCGGAUGGAUUUCACGUGGGACUUACCUUCCAAGCCUUUGAGAUUGAAAGACACGACAGCUGUGCCUAUGAUUACCUGGAAAUCCGUGAUGGCCCCACACAAGACAGCGCCCUGAUCGGCCACUUCUGUGGCUAUGAGAAGCCAGAUGAUGUGAAAUCGAGCUCCAACAGGCUAUGGAUGAAGUUUGUAUCUGACAGCUCCAUUAACAAAGCGGGCUUUGCGGCCAGUUUUUUCAAGGAGGUAGAUGAAUGUUCCUGGCCAGACCAUGGUGGGUGUGAGCAACAGUGUGUAAACACACUUGGCAGCUACAUGUGUGCCUGUGACCCCGGCUACGAGCUGGCUACUGACAAGAAGACAUGUGAAGUGGCCUGUGGUGGUUUCAUUACCAAGCUGAACGGAACCAUCACCAGCCCUGGGUGGCCCAAGGAAUAUCCCACAAACAAAAACUGUGUCUGGCAAGUGGCAGCCCCCACGCAGUACCGCAUCUCCCUGCAGUUUGAAGUGUUCGAACUGGAAGGCAAUGACGUCUGUAAGUACGACUUCGUGGAGGUGCGCAGCGGCCUGUCCCCUGAUGCUAGGCUGCACGGCAAGUUCUGCGGGUCUGAGACCCCCGAGGUCAUCACCUCACAGAGCAACAACAUGCGCGUGGAGUUCAAGUCUGACAACACGGUCUCCAAACGGGGCUUCCGGGCCCACUUCUUCUCUGACAAAGAUGAAUGUGCCAAGGACAACGGUGGCUGCCAGCACGAGUGUGUCAACACGUUCGGGAGCUACCUGUGCAGGUGUCGCAACGGGUACCGGCUGCACGAGAACGAGCACGACUGCAAAGAGGCUGGCUGUGCACACAAAAUCAGCAGUGCAGAAGGGACCCUGGCAACCCCCAACUGGCCUGAUAAAUACCCCAGCCGGAGGGAGUGCACCUGGAACAUCUCUUCUACAGCAGGCCACAGGGUGAAACUCACGUUCAAUGAGUUUGAGAUCGAGCAGCACCAGGAAUGUGCCUAUGAUCAUCUGGAAAUGUACGAUGGACCUGACAUCCUGGCCCCUACCCUCGGUCGAUUCUGUGGCAGCAAGAAGCCAGAGCCCAUAGUGGCAUCGGGCAGCAGCCUGUUCCUCAGGUUCUAUUCGGACGCCUCAGUGCAGAGGAAAGGCUUUCAGGCAGCACAUAGCACAGAGUGCGGGGGCAGGCUGAAGGCCGAAGUACAGACCAAAGAGCUCUAUUCCCACGCCCAGUUUGGGGACAACAACUACCCGAGCCAGGCCCGCUGUGAUUGGGUGAUAGUAGCGGAGGAUGGCUAUGGCGUGGAGUUGAUCUUCCGGACCUUCGAAGUGGAGGAGGAGGCUGAGUGUGGCUAUGACUACAUGGAGGCCUACGAUGGCUACGACCGCUCAGCACCCAGGCUGGGCCGCUUCUGUGGCUCAGGGCCAUUAGAAGAAAUCUACUCUGCAGGGGACUCCCUGAUGAUUCGAUUCCACACAGACGACACCAUCAACAAGAAAGGUUUCCACGCCCAAUAUACCAGCACCAAGUUUCAGGAUGCUCUGCACAUGAAAUAGGAAGGCCCAAGUUGUAGAAAGACAGGAACUGAGGAGGGCUUUAUCAUAGCACCUUGAGAGCCAGCCCUGAACAGUGUACAGUCUUUUUCUCAAACAAAAACUUAAAAUCGAAUCUGGAAGGUAUGUAGUUGGACAAAAGUUACCUAAGGGUUUGGCCCACAAAAUGAAAGAGAAAAGUGUUCCCUUGGUUCCAGCUAUAAUGUUAGCACUCACGGGCCUCAGAAGGUAAAGGUUUGAAGUCACUGACCACGCAAGCUAUGCUUGUUCAUUCUCAUUGUCCGUCCCUUGCUCCUAUGGGGCCACAGGCCAGCUAAGGGCUGGCCAUUCCACUGUUCUGGAUAUGUUUCCAUAGAUGCCUGCCGUGUGACUGGAUCCUGGAGAUACAGGCUGUCUUCUGUCUGCACUGGGCAAUGAGGAUCAUGUGGCUGUGGCUCAUUUGUUACUCCCAGUACUGGCUAGGAAGUUUUGCUUUUUCUCUGCCAGGGACAUGUCAGGACAUGUCAGGAACAUGGAGGACGAAGAGCGGUAGAGGACAAGGUAGCUGCUAACAGCGCAAACAUGAGAGUCAUCAUCAUGACCCUGGAAGACCUUUGCCUUUGCUCUGCCUCUUUGACCCCUUUGGGUUCCCUUAUCCCUAAUUACAUUAGAUUAUGGCCUCCACUGGACAUCCCAGCAGAACAUUUGCUGGUGGGAAUCUUCUUUGCCAAAAAGAAAAUGUCUUGACUCUUCCUGAUACUCCUUCCCAUCGCUGACUUUGAGAAGACACCAUCUAUGCCUGGGCUCCCAUUGGCUUCCAGAUAACCUCCAGCAAUGGCAGCAACUGCUGGGUUGAUCCUCAGUUCCUUGACCGCCAGGGCAAAGUGCAUCUGCAAGACGUGCAAAGACAUCUUAGGAGGGACCAGGGCAGGUCCUGGUGGGGUGAACACUGUUCGUUUUAAGUUAUAUAAGGAUCAUCACUGGCGGGAAACUCAGUCAUGACUAACUUCCUGAAAUCCAGCGGGUUAAGCAGUGCUUCCAUGACUUCCAUUGAUGACUCUUCAGCCACCACCUGGCAGUCAGAGGCCCACCAGCCUUGGCACUUGUUCUAGAGAAGUAGAGACAAUAUUUGCGUAAUUUUAGUACCUCAAGGUAUAAUUUAAGCAAGGAGGUUGUUUUGAAUGGCAUUUCAUUAAGGCAUCUAUGGGCAUUAUGAGCUCAAAGCUGUGUGGUAUGUUAGCUUUUAAAAGAAUAUUUAUGUUGGAAUAAUUUUACAGUAAUGUUUACAUAGCCAGAAGUCCUGUUUAGUUGCAUUUGAACACAGGGCAGCACAUGAGUGGUUCCAGUGAGCUCCCAGGCUCCUGAAUUCCUUUGGGAAUGAAGGAUCAUUUUAAACAAGGUGUUUGUGAAAGGCUAAGGGUUAUAGUUUGUGAAGAUCAGACUUUGUAGCCAGAAGACUGUUUCAAAUUAAAAGUGAUUGCUGGGAGUAAAACCUAGAAUAAAACUAGGAGAAAGAAAGAAAGACAGACAGACAGACAUGGGAAUAAGUUUUUCUCAAAACAGAAAAAAAUCAAAGUUAUAAUAAUAAUAUAUGUGUAUAUGUGUAUGGAUGUAAAGGAUCAGUGGUCAAAGCCUUAAAUCACAGCAGUGUGAAAAAUGCCACCCAUUGGCGGUAGCUUUAUGGCCCCAGCCUCCAGUGCUGGUUCCACAUGUUCUGCCCACCUCCUCCUGAGCUCUCUCUAGCCUAUCCCAGCCCUGGACUGAGGCUUGCCUUCCAUCUUCAUGUCUUGAUGGAUGGCCCACUCUGCUCAGGGUGAACUUUGAUAUGGCAAGUAGAGCAACUUCUCCCCUGGGUCAGAUCCAUCUUCCUGUUACCGUGGGUUCCAUUUCUCUGAUCUUGGUGUUUCCUGAGGUUCCAUUUUGUCUGUCCAAGUUGAAACUGAAACCUGGAUACAUCCGGUGGUUGCUAAGGGUCCCUUUUCCAGGAGAGGAAAAUUCUGUACAUUUAACCUUUAGAAGUCUAAAGAAGAUGGACAGGGAGGCAGUCGAGAGGGAGAAGCAGUUUCAGCGUUCAUUGCCUUCAUAACACACAGAAGCUUCUUUUUGCUCUUCAGGAGGGACAUUUCCAGAAACCCACAGCUUCCGCCAGUUGUCACCACAUGGCCCAUCUGCAACAAUGGGACUCUUACGAAGACCUUUAUUUAGGCCUGUGAGUGAUGUAGCCUCAGACCUAUGAGCUCUGACUCAAUUGAGGCUGCCUGGGCCUAGUCUGGAAACUACAGGGAUCUAUGCACCACACAGGUCCUGCAAGGAACACCAGAGCUGGCCUCACAAGGGAGAGUUCAUUGAAUAGAAAGACCAGAUUCCUACCUUGGCUCUUCCAGUUGCUCAGUGGUCUGCCUAGAAACAUCCCCAGAAGUAAAUGAAGGGGUUGGAGUACCUCUUUCCGCUUGCUUUGUCUAACUGGGUGCUAGGACCUGAGGAUACCUCAAUGCCCCAAAGCAAUUAUGUUCACACAUAUAACCUAAUGAAGUAGCUGGGGUCUGGGUCUCCAUCCUGGUCAAAUUCUAGUAUACUGUGAUCGAGCACAAGCUAGAACCAGCAUCCCAGGGCAAAGAAGGAUCUGGAAUUCAUGUGGGCCAAUCGGAUAUCUCCAAAACAGAUGAAGCAAGGCUGUGUGUGCAUUGAUUCAUUUAUAAUCUCUAUUUUCCUCUGAAAGUUUCCUUCUAUUUCUUUCUGUUUCAUUAUUUCUCUCUAAAGUCUCAUGAUAGUUGCAAAUUUCUCUGCCUAAGUAAAUUAAUUGGCUCAACACAGUUAACUAGCACUUGGGAGGUUUCCCAUCAGUCUGGGCAACAUGGGAGCCGUCGGAUAUGGUAGCAUUUGUCUUCACUUCAGGAACGAAUGUUCCUUUGGCUUCCAACGGAUAUUUUAAAAGUUUGCUUUAUAGACUGAACUUCUGAAUAAUAAUACCAAAAUGCCUAAAAGAUUUCUUUUUUAAAAAUUGUUUAAAGUAUUAUCUAUAAAUAUAAGAUAUUCUUUAUUUUGAGUCAUUCCAUAAAAUGUCAGUUUCAAAGAGAACAUUGAGAGGAGCUUAUAUGCCUGUCUAGAAAGGGUGGUUUCAUUAAAGAAGGUGAUUUAUUGA